UUGAGUUUUAGCUAGAUUUCGGUACAGUUGAACAAUUAACUUUGUCGUGAAUUCUGUCAUUAGAAUCGAGUGCAUGUAAAGGUGUCAUAAUUUAGAGGUGCAUACGUAGCUCAAUGUUUUUUUGUAUUUACAGUAAAGUGCAUAACAUCUGAAAGACUGUACAGUAGCAUCUCUAAACGCCGAGUCUGUGUCUUUAAUGAAAGUGUAUCGACUGUAUAAUGAUGUCAGUCUGUGGCUAUGCGCACAGUUCAUAUAGCGUCCAUGUGAGCGUCAUUCACUUCCUGCACAAGGAUACAUUGGGGAGAGAGAGAGAGAGAGAGCAGCGAGAGAGAGAGCGCGCUGGGGGCGAGCAGGCAAGAUAGGAGAGCGAGCAAGCAAACGAGGUGAACUCGGGGCCUGCCUAUGCUACAGACGGAACCUGGAAACUUUACAUCGCAAGAAAUAAAGCUGUGCCCGCUACUGACAGCAACCUUUUAUGGAGGAGCGACCAUAUCGGAUGUCCCUUUCUCUGGCCUUGUCAGUGGUGACUCUCUGAAGCCUCUUCCUCCUCCUCCUCCUCUUUCUCCACCACCAUGUCCCAGCUGCUCCACUUGGAGAUCCCCAACUUCGGCAGCACGGUGCUGGGCUCCCUCAAUGAGCAGCGCCUGCUCGGUCAGUACUGCGAUGUCUCCAUCCUGGUUAAAGGCCAGGCCUUCAAGGCCCACCGGGCUGUACUAGCCGCCAGCAGCCUCUACUUCCGCGACCUGUUUAGCAGCUCGUCCAAGAGCCAGUUUGAGCUGCCCUCGUCGGUGACUCCCGCCUGCUUCCAGCUGAUAUUAUCCUUCUGCUACACGGGAAAGCUGACCAUGGCAGCCAGUGAGCAGCUGGUGGUGAUGUACACCGCCGGGUAUCUUCAGAUCCAGCAUAUUGUGGAGCGGGGCAUGGACCUGAUGUUUAAGGCCAACUCGCCCCACUGUGACUCUCAGACGGCAGCCAUGGAGGAGCAGCAACCAGGCUCAGAGCCCCAGAGCCCCAGUAAUAACACACUGGCCGGGUCAGGGACGUCCAUCCUGGGGCCGCCGGGCUGGUCCCCCUCCCUGGUGCAGCCCACGCGGAGGAUCAAACUGGAGGGGUGCGAUCCAUUGCCCAGCCUGAGUCACCAUAAGAAAGGGUCCUCUUCAUCUGAGCUGGGAGGGAGGUUCUCCAAGGGAAGCUCAUUGUUCUACACGGGGGCGGGGGGAACCACCAUCUUCCCCGGGAUGCAGCCCUAUCCAGUGGCAGGGGGAGAGAGGUCCAGUCCUGGGGCCUCCAGCCUGCCUACCACGGACAGCCCAACCUCCUACCAGAAUGAGGAUGAGGAGUUUGAGGAAGAGCCGUAUGACGGGAUCACGGAAGAGGCCUACAGUCAGAUCUAUGGGCGCUCAGCCAACCCAUACGGAAUCCAGGAAAAACCAGAGAUGGCAGCCAUGCCCCUGUCCCUGGAGAGCCGCUCCUGUGUGCUGAUCCGUAGGGACCUGGUGGCCCUGCCCGCCAGCCUCGUCAGCCAGAUCGGCUACCGCUGCCACCCCAAGCUCUACACCGAAGGAGACCCGGGGGAGAAACUGGAGCUGGUGGGAGGUACAUCUGUGUUUAUGACACGGGGCCAGCUAAUGAACUGUCACCUGUGCGCUGGCAUCAAACACAAAGUCCUACUGCGUCGCCUGCUCGCCACCUUCUUCGACAGGAACACCCUGGCUAACAGUUGUGGGACUGGCAUCCGCUCUUCCACCAGUGACCCCAGUAGGAAACCUCUGGACAGCCGCGUGCUCAACGCUGUCAAACUCUACUGUCAGAACUUUGCACCCAACUUCAAAGAGAGUGAGAUGAACGUGAUCGCCGCAGACAUGUGCACCAACGCGCGGCGCGUUCGCAAACGCUGGCUGCCCAAGAUCAAGUCCAUGCUGCCUGAUGGUAUGGAGGUCUACCGGGCCAGUGUAGGGGUGGCUGCUGGUGUGGGCCUGGGCCUGGCCCUGGGAGCCGCCGGACCCGGGGUGGUGCUCCCCUUCGAAACCGAUUUUAAAUCCCUGACCCCCUCUAGCCUGUCCCUGGACCAGAGGCUGUACUCAGAGCAGAAGGACCCACGCAGGACUCACUCUCUGUUGGACACAGUCAGCCCAGGGUUGGGGGAGGCUGGAGGGGAGGGCGUGGACGCAGAAAUUGUCGGUCCCCAGGGAGGGGAGGAGGAACAGGAGGAAGAGGAGGAGGAGGAGGAGGCUGGGUUGGAGGAGGCCUUGAUGCCGGGAGGCGAGGCCGGGGGGCGGGGUGACAUGGCCCCAGGACAGGAAGGGAAGGAGUUAGGAGAGGACCUGAGAAUGAACGGGCAGUGAACAUCCUCUGGCGUCUAUCUCUGAUCCAUCCACCGCCACACUUUCUUUCACUCGCUCUUUUUCUCCUCUUCCACCCCUCCUCCUCCUCCGCCCUUUCCUAAGGUAACCUCUCAGUACAAAAAGCCAUGCUCUCAGAACUUACAGUACAACACACACACAUGGUGUAUUCUUUAGCAGGGCAGGGAGUACAAGAUGUGCUAUGUUGAACAGACACAAGCAUUGCCGGGGAACAAACCGAAUUACUUAGCGAGAAUUCAAAAAUCUCUCAUUUGAAUAUGGAAGAACUUUACUUUAGACCUGAGACAUCAGGUAAUUUUCUCCGGACUAUUUUUAGUAUUCAUCUUCAAGACCACAUUGUAGUUAAAACUGAAAAAAGUAACACUGCUGCGUUAUCCUUCCUGCAUAGUUGUAGAACUUGCUACACAACAGUAACAGUUACUGUACAUCUAUGGAGUGUGGGUCAGAUAAGACUGUAAAAUGAUAGUCCUCUUUCUAGGAAAGCAGCAUGGGUUCUAUAAAUAACCUAAGUAACCUUGAAACAGAUCACACUACACUGGGGGUGUGAGAGACUAAACAUACAGUACUCUACAGGAGCAACAUGGCUCAGUGUAUUUAAUACAAUUUACCAUAUUCCUUCUUAAAGUGCCACACAGAUUCUUGGAAGAUAUAAUACGAUCUCGUCGCAACAUACAGCAAAUCAGUUGAACAAUUUCACGUUGGGAAAAAAAAAAUAGCAUGUGAUGUUGUGAGAGAGAGAGAAAAGAAACUUUUAACCUCCCUUUGUGUUGCUUCAGGGUUGUGGUUUUCCACGCAAUUGAAAAGAUUAUCUGGAAACACGAAGAGCUUUUUGUCUAUGGAUCAUCCUUAGACAAGAUGACGUCAUCUUUGAUUGGCCAGUCAAUGCAAUGCCUGUGUCUUUUAACGGAUAGACGCACGUACAUACAGUACAUAUACACACACGCACAAUCACUGUUCCCACACACCUUGUGAUUUUAACCUCUUAAUACAGUACUGAUGCAUCUGAGACUCUGACAAAUCAGAUUAACAGUGCUUGCAAACUUAGCAUACCCUUACAAUAGUACACAGUAACGCAGACUGAGUCAUGGAAAUGUCAGAGACACGAACAUGCACUAACAGAAAGCUUGCAUGCAAAACGAAUACAGAGAAUCUAAAAUACAUCAACAACAGAGCCACUUAUGAAUAUGCAUACAGAAAAGAAACAACAGCUGCAGUUGCCUGAAGAUAUAUCAUUAAUAUGGAAGGAGGUACCUUUAUAUAUGCGUUUCUUUUCAGAGUCAUGCAUUUCGCCUGUGUUUCACCCAGGUUUGUUAACUUGGGUAUGGCCUGGCUUUCAUCUGGGGUGGAGGGCACUAGAGACAUGCUGAAUUGAGCAUACUACAUAGUAGUGAGGACUUCAAAGUGAGUUGCCGGUGAAAAGCACGGUUUUACUAGCGUCACGGCGUGCUCGAAAGGAUCAGCACUAAGACUACAGCACCCAGCCUACAGCUUUCUUGCAUCCGCUAUUUGUUUUUUGUAAAUUAUUGAAUGAAACUAAUAUGAUACUUUUCUGUUGGCUUAUUGCAUUUGCACUUGAAGAGGUUAUAGGAAGAGAUUGAUGGGGAGCUUAUGGAGAUGCGUAGACUGUUAUAAAGAAGUAGGCUAACUGAAAUUUGCCCCCAUAUCUCCUUGUUCGAUUGGAGGAUUUGAGGUUUGUGGACUUGGAUGGUCGGUCAUGCUGACGGCGACUGUUGCUCUACGGCAGGGGGGAGACGAGAGACAAAAUGUUGCACAGCGACAUUUACUAGUUUUGUUGCACUUUAGUUUUUAUAUAUUUUGUCUGUUCUCGCUCUGUUACUUUUUGCCAAAAGUAGGGAAGAAGUCUAUAAAUAGCUUCUAACGAUAAUGGUUGGUCGAUAACCCACCGGAAUAAGUUGCUUGGGGUAACACAUUGAUAGGCCUAUCAGACACCCACACUGUAUGUUGUAGUUUAUGAAUGUGUACUUGAUCAUAAGACCUGGGUAAAAACAUAAGGUAAGGAGACAGUAGAAUUGGAGUGGUCCCAAAAACCUAAAUAAUUCACUUCCAAGAUAAUAAUUUGAAUGGCCAGCCUUCUGAAAAGCCUUGCUUUUGAAUUGUUGUCUUAUAAUCGCAUGAUGCAAAAGCACAUCAUGUUUGUCAUAUGUUAUUGUUCUAUAUUAAGUGAAAAUAAGAUUGAUCUGGUUUUGAGAAGCGAAUAUCAAUGUCAACCGACGACAGCCUACACUAAAGCCACGAUUCAAGACGCUGGCAGUUAUCAUAUUGGCUUGGGAUCUCAACAACGAAACAACAAGAUCACAUUUCCUCUGUCAAAUUCAAAUGCUUUAUUAUUAUGUGCCAUUUUUUAGACUGGGCCCGUUAUGUUGUGUUGAAUAUCUAUAUGAUCCAGUUGUAUGGUUAUUUUGGGGAGGAAUUAACAUGGUCCGGUUUCUUUAAUAAGGAGCACAGGGUUAUAAUUGCACUAGGUAAUGAGAAAACAAAACAUGUUUACAAGAGUAUUUUUUUGGAGAAAUGUGACCUGCAUUGGAGAAUAAGGCAGGGGAGGGGGAUGGGUGAAUGGGUGUGUGGGACUAUGGGUAAAUGUAAACUGUAGAACUGCUUCACCUAUCCUUGGUAGAGUAUGGGAACAGUACUGUACAGUAAAAAUACAGUAUCUUGGUACCACAAGAUAACUAUUUUCUAGCACCUUGUACAGUGUUGUAUGUACUCAUUUAAAAGUGGGCCAGAGAAUGGAAUAACAUGACACUUCUUUGAAAACAAAGGUGGGGUAUCUGACUUUCCCUCUAAAGGCCACUAGAGCUGCUGUGUGAUUUCAAUAAAGUAGCACUGUGAAAGUCUUCCAUUGUGGAAAAUCUCCAAAUAUACAGUCAAACUAGCAAUGUUUAUACUGUAGGCCUAUAUACUUAUUCUAUCCACAUCCCGACAAGAAACCAAUUAUCUUCCUUGUUCUCAAUCUCUAUUCAUCUAUAAGUAAACCUGCUUGUUGCAAAUCACUAAUACGAUAGGAAAGAUAGACUGUAAACCAAACCUGUAAUAUAGAGGUAAUAACUGCAAAUCGACUCCUUUGGUCAAUUUGCAUGUGCAACCACUACUGGCUCUAAGGGGAAGUGAAAUGGCUUUCCAGUAAAAUACUGUCAUUAGGGAGGUGAGUUUUCCUGUUCUGAAGAAGGGGCGGGGAUCAGUGCCUUAAUUGAGACUGCAGGGGGAGAGAGUGUUGUGCUUAGUCACCAUCUGUUUGCAUUGGAACCUCAACAAAUACAGAAACUAGCUUUAGAGUCCUAAUGACAUAAUGGAGAGUUUUAUGUACAGUUCUGAAUGCUAAGGUAAAUGAUGCUGAUGGGAAAUAGGCUCUGUUUUCUCAGAACACAUUGGCAGGUGAGGUUAGGAUGGAGGUGUCUUGCUUUUUCUUGGAAAAUAACCCCUACAGCUUUAAGAACUGUGUUCUUGUAAGCAAAUAAUAAUAAUGACUUUGGACUUAAGCCCCGAACCAUUUGCCUUCCUAAAUCUCAGCAAAACAUGUGUAAACUCGAGAAAAACAAUACUGUGACAUUUUGCAUGGAACUGCUUGUAUAGGUCUAGAGAAUCUGACAGACUACAAUAGUGACAUAUUAUCACAUAUAUUAGAAACCUUUGUUAGUUUCAUGCUACUGGAUUGUAUAACAACCAGGUUUACUCCAUGACUUGUCAGUAGUGGUCUAUACUGCUUGAGUGGCAGGUUAUUUAGUUAUUGGUGUCACUUUGUUAUUUCAAAACCACCUGGAUAACAUGUGAACUUGAUCAAUCUGCAAGAUAUAUCACACACUCAAACAGUUAUCACCAUAAAUGUCCACAAAGACUGGAAAAGCUUCAGAUGACCCAUGGAGUAGGCUACAGUUAUACAGACUUUCACCCAUAGGAGCCCUUAUGUACAUUCUCUUUGUUUAUUUACCUUUUUUAAUGCUUCAUCUCGUUUAUAUCUGAUCCGCUUCCUGCCUGCCUUUCUGCAUCUUCUGUAUCUGAUUCUGUCCAAGCCCCCAAAAAACACCCUCACAAACUGUACUCUUAGCUCUCGCCCUAACGUCUUUUUGUGGGGGUGAAGUUGGAAAUGAAAUGAUGUUGCACUAGAAAACUGAGUGAAGCUCAGAGAAUGUCGUGGCUAACCGAAAGAGAAUGAGCUCUUUUUGUGGUGGCUGAAGAAAUAAAGUUCUGUCCCAUAUGUAACAUAAUACAAUGCUAUAAUUUACAAUGUUUACGUUAGUGUAGCACUUUGCUAUUUCUUCAAAUAGAGGCCUAUUGACUACCAGAAAUCAGCGAUAAUCUGACAUUGCAUUUUGGUCCAGCUUGUCCAACAAAACCUAUGAAUUCAAUAAGUAGGAUAGAAUAUGGGAUUGUGCUGAGUGGGUGUGUAAAUCCACCAUUUUGGCAAUGCAAUGUGAACAGUCUGCACACAGUAAUCUGAGCUGUUAAGUGUUCCCCAUAACCAACUGCUUUGUGUGGCAUAUGGUUACCCAAUUCCUACAGUACACACUUCUACACAGCUCUAACUCAGUACCCCUGGUUUGGCUUUUAGUCCUGAAAGGAGAGGUUCUAAAAUACAGUAACUACAAGUCCUUUCAUAUGGAUUUUCGACAUGUUGAAAUAGGGUCAGCCUCAGUAACUACAGGCUUUUUGUUAAAUGUCUGUAAUGCAUGCUGAUACCCAGACACCCAUUAUUCCUACCUUAUUGAAGUCUAUGAUCUUGACACAUUUUACUUCUAAAUUAUAUCAAGCUCUUUGCUAUGGUCGCUUCUGACAAAGCAGACAGCCAUGAAUGAGUGUCCAUUUUGUCUACCAAUACAAAACCUAUUGACUGUUAGCAUAAACCCACCCAGCUUACUACAGUAAAGUCUGAGGAAUUGGAAGACUGACUAUUGCAAUGGAUGUGCAUGUGAACCUAUGAACAGACUAAGAAAAUAACUGCACUAAGUUUGUUUGUUUGUCUUUGGACAUAAUGCCAUUAAAAUAAAGAAUAAAUACAUUUAAUUUCAAAAAUAUAAGAGAGAAGGUUGGACGACAGACUUAAGUCUCUGGGAGCAACCUUCAAAGCCAUGUGCUCAGAGCGCUGACAAUCAGAACAGGGAGGACCCACGUGCACUAUGGGAGAUCUGUCGUCAAUAGCUGGGCUCCUGCUAAUUCCUGCCUUGUUGCUUCCAGCUUUGCUAUUGGUCCAUGUGAGCUACUUACUCCAGAGUGGAGGCCCGUGGCAGUUCCAACUCCAGCCCUCAGGAUUACCUGGGCCACUGUUUCCCAACUCCGGUCCUCGAGUAGCCCUAACAGCACACUGUUUUGUUUUAGUCCCGGACAAAAACACCUGAUUCAACUUCUCAAAGGUUUGAUGAUAAGUUGACAAGUAGAAUCAGGUGUGAUUGUCUAGGGCCACAACAAAAAGAUGUACUGUUAGGGGUACUCGAGGACCGGAGUUGGGAAACACUGGCUUAAGGCAACUUAUUGGUUCUCAGUGCACCUCUCUCAGCUACUGUAGAUUUGAUUGAGAACCUGAUUGUUUUUAGAUAGAAGUUCCACUUAAGUACUGAUCCAGGACCUGCUGUGUUUUUACUCCUAAAUGUCAUGUUCAGGAUGAGGGUAGCUUAAGCUGAUCCUAGAGCAGCGCUUUGGAGUAACUUAGCCUACUUGACAAAUCUAUAGGACAAGUGACUUGACAUUUGUCGAUCUCUUAGAGAUUGGGUUCCUUAGGGUUGGAACCUGGCAAAAUGGUUUUAAUGGAACUCUGUGACUGCUUUAUAUUUUAAAUGACGAUGAUUAAAAUGUGUAUGCGCUUUCUAACUCAAGCAUCAAUAAUAUAUACAAGACAAACACAAGAUGACACUUUUGAUGUUGCAUAAAGAAUACAAAAUCUCCAUCCUCGUUAUGUUUUUUCCUUCCACCAUCAGUUUUAGUUGAGGUUGACAUUUGUGUAGUUCAAGAGUAACUGAUUUCUUUCAAAUGCAACAUUGAGAAGUCUGCUUUUUAAUAAAACUCCUUACUUCACCAUA